AUGCCUAGCCUGGUAGUACCAGGGAUAAUGGAAAGGAACGGGGGUUUCGGCGAUUUAGGCUGUUUCGGUGGGAGCGGCAAAGACAGAGCGCUGCUGGAGGAUGACCGGGCGCUGCAGCUCGCCCUGGACCAGCUCUGCCUGCUGGGGCUAGGCGAGCCUUCCUCCUCCUCCUCCUCCUCCGCCGUGGUGCUGGUGGAGGACAGCAACAACAACAACAAUAACCCGCCGCCGCCGCCGCCGCAGCAGCCCCCGCCGCCGCCGCCGCCGCCGCAGCAGCAGCCGCCGCCGCCGCCGCCGCCGCCGCCGCCGGCCCCGAAGGGCUCGUCGGCGCCCAGCGCCGGGGCGGCGGAGCCCAAGUUGUGCGCGCUGUACAAGGAGGCCGAGCUGCGGCUCAAGAGCAGCUCCAACACCACCGAGUGCGUCCCGGUGCCCAGCUCCGAGCACGUGGCCGAGAUCGUGGGCCGGCAAGGCUGCAAGAUCAAAGCGCUGCGGGCGAAGACCAACACUUACAUCAAGACGCCGGUGCGGGGCGAGGAGCCGGUCUUCAUGGUGACGGGGCGGCGGGAGGACGUGGCCAUGGCCCGGCGGGAGAUCAUCUCUGCGGCCGAGCACUUCUCCAUGAUCCGCGCCUCCCGCAACAAGGCUGGCACCACCUUUGGCAGCGCUCCCACCUUGCCAGGCCAGGUCACCAUCCGGGUGCGGGUGCCCUACCGCGUGGUGGGCUUGGUGGUGGGGCCCAAAGGAGCCACCAUCAAGCGGAUCCAGCAGCAGACCAACACCUACAUCAUCACGCCCAGCCGGGACCGGGACCCCGUCUUUGAAAUCACCGGGGCGCCAGGCAACGUGGAGCGCGCCCGGGAGGAGAUCGAGACCCACAUCGCCGUGCGGACGGGCAAAAUCCUGGAGUACAACAACGAGAACGACUUCCUCUCCAGCAGCCCUGACUCCGGCAUGGAGAACCGCUACUCGGAGGCUUGGCGGGUCCACACGCCGGCCCCGGGCUGCAAGCCCCUCUCCACCUUCCGGCAGAACAGCCUGGGCUGCAUCGGCGACUGCUCCGUGGACCCCGUCUACGAGACCCCCCGGCUGAACGACCAAAACGACUUCAAUUACGGUUACCUCUUCCCCAACUAUGGCGUCAACAAGCAAGAUCUCUAUUACGGGGUGCCGGAGUCGGGUGCCCCAAUGUGGGCCGGGCAGGAGAACACCAACCCUGUCUCCGUGCUCUUCUCCAAGCAGCAGCGGUCCAGCAGCACCGGCGCCAUCCACCCCAAUUCCCAUCGCUCCCCUUCCUCUUCCAUCCAAGAGCCAAGUCUCUCCGGCCUGCCGCGGCGGUCACAAGGAGAACCGCUCCAAGGCUUUUCCAAGCUGGGCACCACCGCCGCUGCCCGGACGUCCGUGUCCAGCAGCCGCGAGUGCAUGGUGUGCUUCGAAAGCGAGGUGACGGCGGCCCUGGUGCCAUGCGGCCACAACCUCUUCUGCAUGGAGUGCGCCGUGAGGAUCUGCGAGAGGACUGAUCCCGAGUGCCCCGUCUGCCACGCUGCAGCCACUCAGGCCAUUAGAAUAUUUUCCUAA